GAUUAGUGAGGUGGGCUGAAAUGUCUACUCCGCUCUAUGGGCUGGCUGGCCGGCCUACAACAACGGCCCACUUUCCCGCUCUCACCUUCGUGCUUCCCCGAUCAUCAUCCUCCAUUUCACCAAAACCCUAAACCCCCAAAAUGCGAGCCUUCGCUUCUCGAACCUCCACCUUCUUCUUCAACCGCAACCUCCUACCGAUCAACCCCUACCGACCAAUGUCCCAAUCCACCGCAAUCCCCAAGAAGCAGCUCAGAGUUCGCGACCACGGCUACGACAACUACAUGGAAGUCGAGAAGAAAACCCGCAAGGUCCUCAAAAUCCAGGCCCUCAUCCUCUCUCAGCCCACCCAAUCGCUCCCUAUCUCGCGCCUCGAGACCCUCGCCCGCCGCGCCGGCCUCACGCGCCACGACGCCGGCGCGUUCAUCCUCAAGUUCCCCCACGUGUUCGAAAUCUUCGAGCACCCCGUGCAGCGCAUCCUCUUCUGCCGCCUCACCCGCAAGGCCAUCCUCCAGAUCCAGCAAGAGCGCCACGCGCUCUUAGAACAGAUUCCACGCGCCGUCACGCGCCUCCGGAAGCUCCUCAUGAUGUCCAACGAAGGCCGCCUCCGCCUCGAGCACGUGCGAAUCGCACGCGCCGCGCUUGGCCUCCCCGACGACUUCGAAUUCUCGGUGGUUCUGAGUUAUCCCCAAUAUUUUCGCUUGGUUGAUGCUGAGUUGACUAGGAAUAAGUACAUUGAGAUUGUGGAGAGAGACCCUAGGUUGAGAACAUGCGCAAUUGAGGAGGUUAGGGAGAGGGUUUAUAGACUUAGAGGUGGUGAUGCUGAGGAUGUUAGGUUUUCUUUUGUGGUUGAUUUUCCACCUGGUUUUAAGAUUAAAAAGUAUUUUAGGAUUGCAAUGUGGAAGUGGCAGAGGCUUCCCUAUUGGUCCCCUUAUGAGGAUGUUUCUGGGUAUGAUUUGAGGUCCAUUGAGGCCCAGAAGAGGAUGGAGAAGCGGGCUGUUGCCACCAUUCAUGAGUUGUUGUCGUUGACCGUGGAGAAGAAGAUCACGCUGGAGCGGAUUGCGCAUUUCCGGAUGGCGAUGAACCUGCCCAAGAGGUUGAAGGAUUUUCUGCUGCAGCAUCAGGGGAUUUUCUAUGUCUCCACCAGGGGGAAUCAGGGGAAGCUCCACACGGUUUUCCUCAGGGAGGCGUAUCGGAAGGGCGAGCUGGUUGAGCCGAAUGAGUUGUAUUUGGCACGGAGGAAGCUGGCUGAGCUUGUCCUGUUGAGCCCCCGGAAAGCUAAGGUUGAUAGGGAGUUGGUUGGGUACCGGAGAAGCAGGUUUGAGGAUGAAAUGGGGCAGGUGACAAGGGCAUAUGUCGAGGAUGCUUGUGAGGACUUUAAGGGUGAAGAUGGUGUAGGGCAAGAUGGGGAUGAAGAGGAUGAUUUGACGUCAGAUAUAGGUUCUGAUGUUGAUUUGGGAGAUGAUGAUGAUGAUGAUUGUGUGGAUACUGUUUCAUCGCAAAGGACUUCUUAGCUGAGUAUUUGGGGAAUGUACUUGAGCUGUACAUUUCUUCAGUUUUGCAAUCGAGAAGGUUCUUGAUAUAGUUUCAAAUUCUGAAAUUUCAAAGCAGGUAGAUAUGAUGGAGUUAAGGGUUCUUCUGUUUUUAGGCCUUCUUAACUGAAUUAAAAAAAUUUCCUAUGUGAUUAACCAACGUUAUCUUUAGUGACAAACUAAUCACGUUCAUUUGUUUUGCUUAAUAUGCUGAUCUGGCACUGAACUUUUUGCAUGGAAAUCCUUUUGGUGACUGGCCAUCUGAGUGUCCUCAUGGUUGGACAAGAUGUCUUAAGAAGGCUAGGUUCAAGGGAUGAUUAGUUAAGUUUUUUCCUAUUUUUCUCACCCUUGCUCAUUCCACGUCCUAUUGUACUAAUUGAUUUGGAUUGGUUAUCUAUAACUAUUCAAGCGGACUCUCCAUCUGAAUUCUUAGUGGUUGCUGAAGUCUUUCACCUCCGCUUUGUACCUUAGGUUCUUGGUAAUAUCUGGUCAAAUUGAGGCAAGUUUGAACCUUAGAAGAUUGUUUCCUUUUAGCUAUUGAUUAAUGUUAUUUUUCUACUCGAGCACUUGUAUUUCUUUGAUUAUUCAGAGAGGAAGAAUCAUUGAAACUGAAGUUAAAUUUGAGAAGCACUUGGGAGGAGUACAUGUGAAAGCUGCUAUGAUUAAACUGUCAAAGUCUGAUAGAGGUGAUGGAUCUGAUACAGUAAAACUUACAGAUGUGGACUGGCUUAGAUUCAACUGGCCAUAUAAGUUAUCAGUUGAAUGAUGUGGACAAAGAGAUUUUAAGGAUUGGGGUGCUUGUGCAUCUCAGAACAAAGCCAGUGAUGGAUCAAGUAAAGAUCAAUUGUAGAUACAUCUACUCUUUGAUCAAAUGCUUCUUGGUCUGACGUUAAAGUUAUGGUGCAAAAUGGCUCAAUUGAUGUGAAGACAAAAUUAAAAGAGAUUUUAGCAUUGAAGUUAUAUGUACGAAGUACAUUCUGUAAAAUUGGCUCACUCCAACUCUAACAAAAUCAAGCGCCUUAUCUAACAAUUAUAAUA